GUUGGUAGGUCCAAGUUAUUUUUAACAUAGCACAGUGUGGUGACGGUUUUGCCGAGAUGAUAGUGUGCGAUGGGGAACACACACGCGAAGCCCCAUCCAAAACCGAGGAAUAAAAAACAAGUACACUGGAAGGCUGCAGAUUAUGCAGAAUUGCGAGACAAAGUGGACAAAAUAAUCCAUCCGGCGUCUAGGAGUUGUGACCGCCCCUCCCCGCCCGGCAAGCCCCACCUCUCCGACAACGACCUCACCCCCGACCUCGUCACCAUCGUCUGGUCUAAGCCAACCCGCGAUGGCGGCUCUCCAAUCACCGGCUACCUCGUCGAGCACCGCCGCACAGGCUCCCCCCACUGGGUGCGAGCCACGCCCCUCCUCGUCCCCUUCCCCGAGCUCACCCUCAGCGGCCUGGAGCCCGGCUGGCGCUACCAGUUCCGGGUGCGGGCCGAAAACGCAGUUGGCCUUUCCGAACCCAGCGACAUCUCCGAACCCUUAACUGUAACGUUGCAAAAAUUCGCUAUUACAGCACCAAAGUUCACCGAAGAACUCAAAGACGCAACAGCGCUCGAAAAUGAGAAAGUUGAGUUCGUUGUCCACUUUUUGGGACAACCUGCGCCGAAAAUCUGCUGGUUUAAGGACGGGUUUGAGAUUUUUAGCAGCAGAAGGACGAGGAUUUUGACGGAGAAUGAUCGGAGUGUGUUGACUAUACACCAGAGCGCGCUGUCGGAUGAGGGCGAGAUCAAGUGCACAGCGACCAAUAAGGCGGGGCAUGCGUCCACGAAGGCGCGGCUAAGCUUGGAAGCCCCGCCCAGUAUACGCCUACCGAGACAAUACGAAGAUGGGCUGUUGUUUGAGAUCGGGGAAGUUAUUAGGUUGAAGGUUUCUGUGGCUGGCCGUCCGACUCCGUUGGUUUUUUGGAGCCAUGAUGGAGAAUCGAUUCAAAAUAACGACCGAUAUGAGAUCGAAUACGUGGACAAGUGUUCCAUUUUGAAAAUUGCUGAAGCGACAAGAGGUGAUCGAGGGGAGUACCAGAUCAAAGCUGUGAACAAGAUUGGAGAGGAUUUGGCCUCGUUUUUGGUCACCAUCACCGACAAGCCUUCGCCACCAGGUCGGGCAAGAGUGGUUAUGACCUUGGGCCGUUCCGUCACCCUCUCCUGGAGCACCCCUGACGAUGAUGGGGGUUGUAAAAUCGGGAACUACAUCGUAGAGUACUACAGACUGGGGUGGAACGUCUGGCUCAAAGCUGCUACUAGUAGACAACUGACCACAAUCCUAGGGGACUUAAUCGAAGGAAGCGAGUACAAAUUCAGGAUCAAGGCCGAAAGUCCGUACGGGAUUAGCGAACCGGGGGCUGAAUCCGACAUCGUCUUCAUCCCUGAUCCCAAAAGAGGGAUCACUUCGCCCCAAGCGCGAAGCCGAAGCCAACCGAAGGAUAUCAUAGACGAAAUCACUUCAGUCCCAGUUGCGGCCAAACGACGUCCAAAACCCAGGUCGCAGUCAUCAAUAACCAAAGCAGAAACAAAUUACUAUGACGAGAUGCCCAAACGUCCAGAACGUAACAAAAUCAAAAGUCCUCCCAAAACACCAGAAGUUGUACGAAAGAACGCAAGUCCUCAAACUAUCCUCGAUCGGGCUUCGCUAGCUCGGGAAUUGGCGUACGGAAGUCCAGAAAUUAAAAUGUUGCAGUCAGAAAGGCCGACCAGUCCUUUGCCACCACAAACCAAAAGCCCAAGUCCGCCAAAAUCGCGAACUCCGAGUCCUAAUCUCACCCCGUCUCCCUCUGAAGAUAAGAGCAAGACCCCAAGUCCGAAAGACAAGAGGAGUUUGCUUCGGGAGAAGUCCGAAACGUUCGAAGAGAGUUCGGAGUUUAUGCUGGUCUUAUAUCCGGAUGCUAACGAAAAAGGUCGUCGUCGGUCCAGUCAAAACAUCGAAUUCGACUUUGACGAGUACGAUAUCCCCCCUCCACUCUCCCUCUCAGCUCCAGAGCUCGGCGCAGAACCGCCUGUUUUCGAAAACUUGAAAACAUCAGCGAGUUCCACCGAACUGUUGCACGAACGCGCCAUGAUGCGCUUCAACGAAGCCGCAGCCGCUGAAGAAGAAGAGUUGAAGAAACGAAGAAAGUUCAGUUAUGACGGCCAACACAACAUCGACAUACCCAAAAUCCAAAUCAACUCAAAGGAUGAUCAGGAUAUCGUCGGUCUGGAACGGAAACCUUCCCGAAGGAAAUCGUCGGGGAGUGUGGUCCAGCAGCAGCUGCUCUGGGCCCAGAAACGCUUCAGUUUGAAGAAUUCGAACGAUUUGAAUGAAUUUAUCGAAACGAAAUUGCAAAAAACGCAAAUUCCUAGUCCCGAAGCGCCCAAGAAGGAAAUGGUGCGGCAAAGAUCGGAGUCUGAGGAACGCGAGGAAGAGGAAUUUAACCGAGUGAGGGCAAAAAUGGGGCUCCAAGGCCAGUCUAGUUUGGAAAAACGCAGCAUUGAAGUGGUGGAUGAAGAAAAGUGGUUGGAGGAUUACGAAGAAAGUUUAUCAGAGUCGGAAACUGAAUCUGAAGAUGAGCGGGAUUACGACAUCCAACCCCCUCAAAGAAUCUACAGUGAUGAAGAUGAAGAAACGUACCACCCUGGCGUCAUGACCACGCCCAGAAAACCAUCAGUUAGUGACGAACCGUUUGAAAUUUUGACCAAAAGAAACAAACUACCUGAUCCGAACUUCGUACCAAAACCAAUUCUGAAGAAAACUGAAGUGGAACCACCGAAAGUUUCAAGUACCAAAAUAAGGUCACACUCGCCCAUGCCUCAGUUUCGGCAAGAAGUGACUAGAGGGCGUUUGCAAUCUUUGGCACAACCACCAAUAGAAUUGUCGGAUAACAAAAGCAAGGUUUUCCAACGCUCGAUUUCCCUCUCCACUGAAGAAAACACAGAAAGUGAAAAAAUCGCCCCAACACUUCAGGCCGCUCCAGGACGGAAUAUUUCAGCAGUGGCGACUCUUUGUGGUAUUACGGCUGCCAGUAUCGUCAUACCGGAAAAACUGCUUCAGAAGAAAAAUGAUGAAGAAGAGUCGAAGGUUGUUGUGGACCACUACAUGGACAUUGUGAGGAGUUAUGGACAACGAAAGAAGAGUAAUCCCGAAGUUUGGAAAGCGGCAACAAACGAAGCAAAGACCUGGAGUACCACCAAAGAAGAAAAAACUGAAGAAGAAGCACAAACUUUGAUGAGUUAUGGCCAACGAAAGAAUAGUAAUCCCCAAAUUAGGAAGGUAUUAGAAGAAACAAAACCAGAAGCUAAAACCUGGAGUACCAACAAAGAAGAAAAAGAUGAGGAACUAACAGAGAUUGUCAAGAGUUCUGGUCAAAGGAAGAAUAGUGUUCCCCAAAGUUUGAAGGAAGAAGUGAAGACUUGGAACACCACCAAAGAAGAAAAAAGCGAAGUUCAACCUCUCAGGACCGAACGUAGUCCCUCUCCCUCCCCUCAAAAAACCGCUCCGAACCAGAAAAGAGGGAGAAGCGGCGUCAACCACAAACCUAGGAGAGGUUCCAGUCGUUCCAAAACCCCCUCUCGUUCCCCUUCCAGACUGGAAAACUGGUCAGGACGCAAGUCCAGCCCUUCGCCCAUGAAACGCAAAACUUCCCCCUCUCCCAUGAGGGCCAGGAAAUCACCAUCGCCCAUCCCUUUGGCCAAACCUCGGCCCAAACUACGUGAAAUCACAACUCAGACGUCCAUCGGUUUAGAAUUGAACUAUUCGAGCGAUUCUCGAGCUUCCACUCCUCACGACAGGAGACAGGAGGAGCUUUUGGCUAAAGCUGAAGUCAAAGUUCGCAGCUUUGUCGAUUAUCUUACGGAUCUGGCGAUGUUUUUCGUGGCUUGUUGGUUGUACUUGUUCAGUAAUGAACUCUUAGCGAUUCCUGUUUUGUUGGUCAUGGUUUACAGACAGUUGAAGAAUGAGAUCGGGAAAAGGAUACCACGAUGGAUUGUUAGACGAUUUAGUAAAAAGAAAGCGAAGAAGUAAUAACAUGUACUGUUUGCACGGUUUUUUUCUAUUGUUUGUGUGAGAUUUUCCGAACACGACGUUAUGAAAUCUAUGAUUUCACUUAUCUUAUUUAGGCAGUGAUUGUGUGUACUUUCAAUUAAGUGGUGUACAUAAUUUUUAUUAAGCGAAACGUUAUGGUUUCACCGGCCUUUAAAUAAAUAACAUAAAUCCCAA